AUGGCUGCAUCGACAUUUUUAUCCCCAGCGCCAUAUCACAUCCUCUCCUAUGGGACGCUGCUGGGGACCUCAUUCUUCCAUUCGUUCAUCAAUGGACCUGUGAUGUUUAAGACGGUUGAGCGACCUGUCUUCUCAGCCGUCCAGACCAAGCUUUUCCCUAUUUACUUCGGUCUCCAGACUAUUCUUCCAGCUAUCCUGGCACUUACCUUCCCUGGAAAUACUCUUAUUGGCGUCUCAUCCGGACUAUCCGGGCUUCUGGACGCGUCUAGCCGAUGGCAUUCGCUGGCACCAAUUGCAACCAUGUUUGUAACAGGACUGGUUAACCUGCUGGUUUUGCUUCCUGCAACAAGCAAGACAAUGAAAGAUCGUCGCGGCCAAGCCAAGCGGGAUGGAAAGGAGUGGUACGAACCCGGCCCUCAUUCUGAAGAGAUGCGUGCCUUGAGCAAGAAAUUUGGCAUGCUCCACGGCAUUUCGUCGCUCCUGAACUUGGCUACUUUUAUCUCAGCCGUAACUUAUGGCUUCACUCUGGGCUCUCGCCUGCAGUACAUUGUGGAUAAGGUUUGA